AUGCGCAAUGAGCUUUUCAUGAUGGAGCAGGAGCGGUCCGAGGUUCUUCAGCAGCUGAAGCAGGAUCUGGCUGCCGAUAUUGCGCAGCAGAUGCAGGAUCUGCAGGCCAAAAUCGAUGCCAUUGAGACGCGCGAGGGCAACAUCAGGGACGUGGUCCGAACGCACAUGGGCACCAGCAUGUCGGCGAAGGCCUCCGCAGCCCAGGUGUCGUGCGAGAGCACGGAGGAACAGGUAGACGCGUUCAUGGAGUUGAUCGAGAGGGUCUGGGCUGCGAAGACUGCGAAGGGUCAAAAUUUGCUCCACGAGCUGUGCGCCAACCUCAGGCAGCCGAGUGAGCAGGGCGGCGCGGAGCCGCUCAGCCCCCCGGUGCUCGCGGAAGUCUGCAGGGAGGCUUGGAGGCAGCACGGCCAGAAGCCUCUCUGA